AUGUCUUCCCCCAAUAGGCUUAAGAAAUCAGACGACUCUUCAAAAGAGGAGUUUGAAGUUGACCUCUUGCCAAAGAAUAUUCAGAAUAUUUCUGUAUCAAAAUUAUUUCAUAGAACUUGGGCAGGGACUUUCAUUUGCUAUCCACAGAUUUAUUUUCAGCCAAAGACUCUUGAUGAAAUUAUUAGCUUGAUUAAGAAUGCUAGAUCAUUUAAAAAAAACAUAAUGGUUGUUGGUUCUGGUCAUUCUCCAUCCGAUUUAACAAUGACAAAUUCCCAAAAUUGGUUGGUUAAUUUGGAUAAAUUUAAUCGUAUUUUAAACAUUUCACCUCAUUCUUCUAAAAAAUUUACCGAUGUCACUGUGGAGUCGGGUAUAAGAUUAUAUCAAAUUAAUCAUUUUUUGGCUGAAAAAGGAUUGGCACUACAAAAUCUAGGAUCAAUUACCGAUCAAAGUAUUGCUGGUGUGAUAAGUACUGGGACUCAUGGAGCCUCUCCAUAUCAUGGAUUAAUUUCUCAACAAAUUACAGAUUUAACAAUAAUUAAUGGCAAAGGUGAUUUAAUUAAAUGUUCUCCUCUUGAAAACCAGGACUUAUUUCGAGCAUCUUUAUUAAGUUUAGGGAAAAUUGGGAUUAUUGUUCAAGUAACUAUUCGAACUAUACCGGCAUUUAAGAUCAAAUCCACUCAACAAGUAAUUAAUUUCAACACGUUAUUAUUAAAUUGGGAUUCAAUUUGGUUGUCUUCUGAAUUCAUUCGGAUUUGGUGGUUUCCUUAUUCCAAAAAAUGUAUUCUUUGGAGAGGAAAUAAAUCAAAUAAACCUUUAUCAAAUCCAAGAAAAUCGUGGUAUGGAACCAAAUUUGGAAGAUUGUUUUACGAGACUUUGUUGUGGUUUUCUGUUCACGUUUACCCCAAGCUUACUCCAUUUAUUGAAAAUUUUGUUUUCAAUAGACAAUAUGGUAAAACUGAAACCUUUUUAGAAAAAAAUGGCGGGGACGUUGCUGUUCAGACUUCAACAGAUGGAUUUUGGUUAGAUUGUCUUUUUAGUCAAUAUGUUAAUGAGUGGGCUGCACCAUUAAGUAAUGGUGUUGAAAUUUUGAGAUCAUUGGAUCAUUCAAUUGAACAAGCAAAAUUGAAGAAUGAUUUUUUUGUUCAUGCUCCAAUUGAAGUAAGAUGUUCCAAUACAACAUUUAGUGGUGUUGUUACUAGUGAUAAUUUACCAGAUCCAAUUGAGUUAAGCAAAAGAAAAUAUUUAGAUGUUGGUGCAAUUCCUGGAAAUAAUUUGAGGCCCUUAUUAGAUAAUACACCAAAGUUGAAUUACAUCAAACCAUUCUCAAUAAUAAUGAUUAAUGAGGACGAUCAAACCAAUAUUACUAAUUCUCAAUUAACAUUGUAUAUUAAUGUAACAAUGUAUCGACCAUUUAAAACAUCAGUGCCAAUUGGUAAGUGGUUUAAGAUUUUCGAGGACACAUUGGAUGCAGCAGGUGGUAAACCUCAUUGGGCUAAAAAUUUCAUUGGAUCUGAAACAUAUUUGCCUAAAUCUUUACAAGAACAGAAUAUAAAAAACAGCAAACAGUAUAAAGAUGGAGAAAUGAUCGGGUUUGCAAGUAAAAUGAAUGAAUGGUUUGGCGAAGAGCUACAAAUGUAUCAACAAAUAAGAAGGAAGCAGGACCCUGAUGGUGUUUUCUUAAGUGGAACCGAAUGGGCGGUCAGAAAUGGCAUUAUCGAAGAAUCUGAUGUAAGAAUCUAA